CGCGCGCCGGCGCGCACGCCAGAUGGCAGCAGCUCCAGCCAACGGCAGCUGCGUCGUGAUAACGGUUCGACGCGUGAUCCAAUGCGUCAGUGAGGAUUAAUUCGCUGAUUCCCGGGAGAAAAGUAGUCGGUGUUUAUUCGGUGCUCGUGGGAAAUCGCGUCGGAGAUUCGAACGCUGUUCGCUCGGUGAAGUUGACAGUGCCGGUUCGAACGGGACGCCAGUGGAACGACGAUUCGCAUCGAUCUUUCCGUGACGGUGUUUCCUGCACAGAGUUUUUCGGCGCACGAGACUCGCAUGGCUGAUAUGGGCGUCCUCCAAUAAACCGUACCGUACUGGGAACACCGCCGUUAACCUUCUCUUUGGCCGAAGAGACCCGGCAAGCUUGAACCAUGGGUCGCACGGUGACGGUGGCGGUCUGCACUCUGAACCAGUGGGCGAUGGACUUCGAUGGGAACUCCAGGAGGAUUCUGCAGAGCAUCCAGGAGGCCAAGGACGCCGGCGCCACUUACAGGAGCGGCCCGGAACUGGAGGUUUGCGGCUACAGCUGCGAGGACCAUUUCUACGAGCCGGACACCUUGUUCCAUAGUUGGGAGGUGCUGGCGACGAUCCUGAAGUCGCCGGUGGCGGAGGACAUACUGAUAGACGUCGGCAUGCCUGUUAUGCACAAGAACGUCACGUACAAUUGCAGAGUCGCCUUUCUGAACCGUCGGAUCCUACUGGUCAGGCCGAAGAUGCAGCUGUGCGACGACGGGAACUACAGGGAAACCAGGUGGUUCUCCCCUUGGACCAAGGAACGCACAGUGGAGGACUACUUCCUGCCACGAAUGAUAUCCCAGAUAACGGGGCAGACGGUGGUGCCGUUCGGCGACGCCGUCAUUUCAACGAGGGACACGUGUGUGGGUUUUGAGAUAUGCGAGGAACUGUGGAACCCUCUGAGCAAUCAUAUUCCAAUGAGUUUGGACGGCGUGGAGAUCAUAGCGAACGGAAGCGGUUCGUACUUCGAGCUUCGGAAAGGAUACGUGACCGUGGACCUCGUCAAGUCGGCGACCUUCAAGUCCGGCGGUUGUUACAUGUUCAGCAACCUGCGCGGCUGCGACGGCGGCAGGUUGUACUUCAACGGGGGAUCCUGCGUUUCCUUGAACGGCCAGAUCCUGAACCGCGGCAAGCAGUUCGCGCUGGACGAUGUGGAGGUCGUAGUCGCCACGUUUGAUCUCGAGGACAUAAGGAGUUACAGGAACAACAUUAGGUCUCGCUCGCACGCCGGCGCCAGGUCACCGAGCUACCCGCGCGUCAAAGUGGACUUCGCCCUGACCUCCGACAGUCUGAUCUCGACGCCGCCGGACCGACCAAUGGACGUCGAUUUGGGACCCUACGAGGGCGAGCACGCAACGGGGAAGCUGGUUUACCACACGCCGGAAGAGGAGAUAUCUAUGGCGCCCGCCUGCUGGCUCUGGGAUUACCUAAGACGCUCUUGCCAAGGAGGAUUCUUCUUGCCCUUGAGCGGCGGCGUGGACUCCGCCUCGUCGGCGUGUAUGGUGUACUCCAUGUGCGACAUGAUCGUGGAUUCCGUGAACAAGGGAGACACUCAGGUGCUCUCGGACAUCAGGAAGAUCGUCGGCGACUGCGAGUACGUGCCGACGGACCCGAAGCAGCUGUGCAACACCAUUCUCGUCACCUGCUACAUGGGCACCGAGAACUCGUCCUCCGAGACGAAGGCGCGGGCCGCGGAGUUGGCCAGUCAGAUCGGUUCCUACCACCACAGCAUAGUGAUCGACGCAGCUGUCUCGGCUAUCCUGGCAAUUUUCCAGCAAGUCACCAAGCUGACGCCGAGGUUCAAGGUCAAAGGAGGAUCUCCCAGAGAGAAUCUAGCGCUGCAAAAUAUACAGGCGCGAUUGAGAAUGGUGAUCGCUUACCUGUUCGCGCAACUGAUGCUGUGGGUCAGAGGUCGACCCGGUGGUCUGCUCGUGCUGGGCAGCAGCAACGUGGACGAGGCGCUUCGAGGAUACUUCACCAAGUACGACUGCAGCAGCGCCGACAUCAAUCCGAUAGGUGGAAUCGCGAAGAACGAUUUGAAGUCGUUCCUCGGUUAUUUCAGGAGAAAGCAUGGACUGACAGCGCUGGAUGGAAUCCUGGACGCUCCACCGACUGCUGAGUUGGAGCCUCUUCAAGGAGGACAGCUGUCCCAGCUCGACGAAGUGGACAUGGGUAUGACUUACAAGGAGCUCGGCACGUUCGGUCGUUUGAGAAAGCAGGUCUGCGCCGGUCCCUUCACCAUGUUCUGCAGGCUCGUGCACAUGUGGGAGAAAUGUUCUCCGAAAGAAGUGGCGGACAAGGUGAAACACUUCUACAGGUGUUACGCGAUCAAUCGACACAAAAUGACCAUCCUGACGCCGUCCUGUCACGCGGAGACUUACAGUCCCGACGACAACAGGUUCGAUCAUCGACCGUUCCUCUACAAUCACACGUGGAAGUGGCAGUUCAACGCGAUCGACGAACAGGUGCAACGUCUUCUCAACGAGGAGAAGUCACCGCGAGGUCGAAAGGACGCACCGAAGCCCAGAUACAUGCCGUUCAGCUCCGUAUUCAGCAAUAAAACUCAUCCUGGAGUAGUAGUUUAACCGUAGCAGUGUGUAGCUCUCUCUGUCUGUUUAUCAUUUUGCAAUUGCAGCUGCGCGAACGUACCGGGACGCGACUGUCGCAACCGGUCGUGCUCACCGAUGUAUCCGUCCCGUCGUCGUCGCCGGGUCCGUUAGGGAUCGACCGUCGAGGAAGCCCUUAUUGCGGUUUGCCGUCAACAGACUCUCGAGUCGGUGGAUCCGGUGACACUGUACAUUGUAUUAUAUUCGUUCAACUUGGCGUGUGGAAGUAACGGCAUCACAGUGAAUAAUGAGAAUCAAUAUAGAGAUAUAUGUACAUGUGUGUAUUUAUGCAAAACUGUUGAGUUGAUUUUUCUCUGACCUUCGACCGUGGACGCUAGGGAGUCCGGAGAUGCAGAGGUGGUUCCAAAGAUUAUCGAGCGUUCAUUGUGGAAAGAGGAGCGAAACGGGGAACAGUUUUUAACCCUUUGCGGUCCGAAGUGCUCUUGGUUUCUCACUUUGGGGUUCUAUUAAUUUAUUCAAGAAUAUUUAGGAGUCAUUGAAAUACCUUUAAAUGGUGCAAUUGUGAUACUAUAAAUAAAUGUAGAAAAAAUUGUUAAAGGUAGAGGUUGCAAUAGAAUAGAACGUUGGGUCUGACUCGACGUAGGACUGCUAAGGGUUACGUGUAUAGAAUAAAGAGGACGCGGAUGCGUAUAAUAU